AUGAAGUUCUUAUUGCUGUCUCUCUUUAUAUGCUUUAGUCUGGUCGCAGCCUGGUCCAAAGAAGACUACGAGAUCUUUGGUCUACGUGAUGAUGUGGCCUCAAAUGAAGGUGCCAAUGUGACCUUCUAUGACUUCUUAGAGAUCCGUCCCAAUGCCAAUCAGGAGCAGAUUACCAAGGCGUACCGCAAGAAGUCGAGAAUCCUUCACCCCGAUAAAGUGAAGCGGGCCUUUGUCGCCAAUUACUCCAAGGACAAGUCCAAGGCCAGUUCGAAGCAGGGGGUCAAUGUCAACAAGGGUCCUUCGCAGCGGGAGAUUGAGGCUGCUGUGAAGAAUGCCGAUGCUCGCUCAACCCGUCUUAACCUGGUUGCCAACGUUCUGCGUGGACCGGGCCGUGAACGCUACGAUCACUUCCUCCGCCAUGGGUUCCCUCUGUGGAAGGGCACAGGAUACUACUACUCCCGUUUCCGUCCUGGUCUGGGCUCUGUGCUGGCUGGUCUAUUCCUGGUCUUCGCUGGUGGUGCACACUACGCUGCGUUGAUUCUUGGUUGGAAGAGGCAGCGCGAGUUCGUGGAUCGCUACAUUCGCCAGGCCCGCAGAGCUGCCUGGGGAGACGAGACUGGUGUCCGUGGGAUUCCUGGAAUCGACGCGGCGGCUACCCCUGAUCCUGCUCCCGCUUCCGAAUCCGAGGCCGGAGCCGUGGCUGUAAACCGCCGUCAGAAACGAAUGAUGGACAAGGAGAACAAGAAGGAUAAGAAGGGCGGAGGCCGGGUUAGUGCUCGUGCCUCUGGAACUUCUACCCCUACCGAGACCACUAGCAGCACCGGCGAGCGCAAGCGCGUUGUUGCGGAGAACGGCAAGGUUCUGAUUGUUGACUCCAUUGGCAAUGUGUUCCUGGAGGAGCAAAACGAGAAUGGCGAACGCCAAGAAUUCCUGCUUGACGUCGAUCAAAUCGAGCGCCCUACAAUCCGUGAAACGAUGCUGUGCAAGCUUCCUAUUUGGUGUUUCAACCGGACUGUUGGCCGGGUUUUGGGUACUGCUCCCGCCGAGGAAGAAUUUGAAGAAAUUGAUGAACCAGUUGAAGAGGCCAGUGAAACCACUGCUACUUCCACUCGGUCUUCUCGCAAGCGUUCCAAGCGCUCUCAGCGUUCAUAA